AUGGCUUUCCAGCAAGCUCCCGUCCGCAAUGUCAACAUCACGUCGGCGUUCUGGUCGCAGAUGCAGCGAUGCUCGAGAGAGAAGACCAUACCGGCUAUCAUCAAAGCCCAAAAGUCCUUGAAGCAUUGGUACUGUCUGACAUGGAAAGAGGGACACGAGGUUCAGCCCCACCCCUUUUGGGACAGCGACAUCUACAAGAUCGUGGAGGCGGCAUGCUACUUUCUCAUGAAGGAAAAGGACGAUGGACUUAUGGCCAUUGUCGAGGAAGCUGUUGACAUGGUCAGGGCCGCGCAGCACCCCGAUGGGUAUAUUAAUUCGUAUUAUACCGUCCUCGGGAUCAACAAACGAUGGACCAAUCUUCGCGAUAUGCAUGAGUUGUAUUGCCUUGGCCACUUGACUGAGGCUUGUGUCGCCUACGAGACGCUGACGAACAGUGGUCGGUUACUAGAGCCUGUCCUGAAGGCAUUGCGUCAUGUUGAUUCUGUCUUUGGUUCUGAACCCGGAAAAAAGAGAGGAUAUCCAGGCCAUCAGGAAAUUGAGAUCGGUCUUCUGAGACUGUACGAGCUCUGCGGCGAGCCAAUGCUGCUGAAGCUUGCGAAAUACUUCAUUAGUGAGAGGGGCCAGAGAGACGACAAGGGCGAGAUGUAUUUCGACCAUGAAGCAAGAGCCCGAGGUGGAGAUCCGUACGACCACUUCGGGGGUGAAAUGAAGGCAUGGUUCGAGUACCCGCGCGACUAUAGCUACAACCAAUCUGAUAGACCUCUGACUGAGGCCACCGAGGUGAAGGGACACGCAGUACGCGCAAUGUACUAUUACAUUGCAGCAACUGAUCUGGUUCGCCUUACUGGUGACAAUGAAGUGAAGGCCGCGCUCGAUCGCAUGUGGGCGGAUAUGACAGAAAGAAAGCUUUACAUAACGGGCGGCAUUGGAGCAAUGCGCCAGUGGGAAGGAUUUGGCGCCAAGUAUGUGUUAGGUGAUACCGAGGAGUCAGGCACAUGCUAUGCGGAGACUUGCGCUUGUUUUGCAUUGAUCCUAUGGUGCCAGAGGAUGCUCCAAAUCGACUUGAAUGUCAAGUAUGCCGACGUGAUGGAGAUUGGACUGUAUAACGGAUUCCUCGGAGCCGUGGGCUUGGAUGGCGGCUCGUUCUAUUACCAGAAUCCGUUGCGAACAUUUAGCGGCCACCCAAAGGAGAGGAGUACGUGGUUUGAGGUGGCUUGCUGUCCGCCAAAUGUGGCGAAGUUGCUGGGUUCGAUGGGAUCUCUCAUCUAUUCGUUCAAAGACAAUCUUGUCGCCAUCCAUCUGUACAUCGAAAGCGAGAUCACGGUCCCUGGGACGGACGUGAUCGUUGCGCAGAUGACCAGGAUGCCUUGGACAGGUGACGUUCUUAUUAGUGUCAAAGGCUCGACAGCCCUGGCGCUGCGGAUCCCCACGUGGGCAGACGAAUAUUCGAGCUCCGUCCAAGGAGAGGUUAAAGAUGGGUAUCUUUACAUUCCGCAGUCUAAGGAUGCGGAGGUGAAGCUCUCAUUCACCCUCAAACCGCGGAAAGUUUACCCAAACCCGGCAAUGGAGAAGGAUCAGAUUUGCAUCACACGAGGACCAUUGGUAUACUGCAUUGAAGAUGUGGACAACGAGGUUGACAUUGACCACGUCGGUCUCUUGGACGACUCUGUCAGUGACGGUGAACCAAUAAAUAUCGCUGGGGUCAGCGGUGUGGUUCCGGUAAGAGCGACUGGGAGAGAAUUGGUUCGAGGUGAAAGUCGUCUGUAUGCAUGGCAGCCGUGGAGAUACGGCGACAAGAAGAGUCUGCUGUAUGUGCCGUACUUUCUGCGGGCGAACCGAGGUGGCAAGGGAGGUAUGACAGUAUGGGCCAGAAGACUAGACGCUUCAUAA